AAUAGAGCCAUCUUACUCCUGGCUCGAGAAAAAAAAAGAGGUAUACAAGAUAGUAAUUCAAAUGGUGUAAAUAGCUGAGUCAAGCUGGCCAAGUUCUUGUGCAAUGUCCUCCAGCAUCUCUCUAUACAUUGGCGUGCCUCUGUUUAUCCGUUGACUCCAGCAGGUUACGCUCCCCCAAGAUCAGGCCUCGCAUGUCGCGCCUCCUUCCCUUCCAUUCCGCUGACUGAUCCGCCCCGCCGUCGCCUACCUUUACGCAAAGCGUCGCCAUUGCCGUCCUCGCCAAGCUCCCCCCAACUCCACCACGACGAUCACACGGAAUCUUCAAUGUUGGCAUCAUAUCCCUCGUCGCUCCCACUUGCAUAGAAGCACGCGUACUCUUAAUUUUCCAUGGCAGAGGCUCAGAAAUUCUUGUGAAUAAUAACUAGCUAUAGUAGCAACACCUCCCCCAGUCGGAGCAGGAUCAACCGCGUCGAAGCUGCUCUGCAACAACGACGACUCUGUUUCUUGCUUGCAAAUCGAUCGAUGCCGUCGUCGCCGCCGAGAAAUCUGCUCAAGUCCACGGGCAACAACAGCAAGCUCGGAGACCACCACCCGGUGAACAGUCUCCACGCUGCCAUGAAGAGGCACAGCGGCUUCCCCCGGCUGUCGGCCUCCAGCAAGGCGUUGGUCCUGCUGCCCCUCGUGCUGCUGGCCUUCAUCUUCUUUUUCGUGUACCCCAAGGAGUUCGAGCUGCAGGCGAUGAUGAGCGCGUGCGCCCCGCCGGCGACGGGGGCGUACGCGGCCUCCUCCUCGCGCCUCGCGGAUCCGGCCGUGGUCCGGAAGCCCGAUUUCCGGCUGCUCAUCGGCGUGCUCACCCGCGCGGACCUGUACGAGCGCCGGCACCUGCUGCGCAUGGUGUACGGGCUGCAGCUCGCGCCGGGCAACAACCUGACGGCGCACGUGGACGUGCGCUUCGUCUUCUGCCGGCUGUACAAGGACGACCAGCGCGUGCUGGUGCCGCUGGAGAUCCUCGCCCACGACGACGUGAUCAUACUCGACGGGUGCGAGGAGAACCUCAACGGCGGCAAGACGUACACGUUCCUGUCGACGGUGGCGGCGCUCUACGCCGACGAGCCGUACGACUACGUGAUGAAGGCCGACGACGACAUCUUCUUCCGGCUGCCGCAGCUGGUGGACUCGCUGGGCGCCAUGCCCCGGGAGGACAUGUACUACGGCGCCACCAUCCCGUGCGACAGCAUGGACCCGUUCCGGGAGUACAUGGCCGGCAUGGGGUACGCGCUCUCCUGGGACCUGGUGGAGUGGAUCGCCACCUCCGAGGUGGCGCGCAACCACAGCGUGGGCACGGAGGACAUGCUCACCGGGCUCUGGCUGCGGAUCGGGGACAAGGGGAAGAACCGGUUCAACGCCAAGCCGGCCAUCCACGACUACCGCAACCCGGUGCCGGUGGACCAGUGCGAGCACGAGUUCAUGCCCAGCACCAUCGGCGUGCACCGCCUCAAGAGCAACCCGCGGUGGGCGGAGGCGCUCAAGUACUUCAACUUCACCGCGGGGCUCCAGCCCUCCAAGUUCUACAAGAUUGACUAGCUCUUCCUCUUGUUUUUGCCCCCCCCCCUUUUUGUACUGCACGAUUGAUUUAUACUCUGCUAAUUUUCAGCA